AUGGGUCCGACGAUGCUGUGGAGGAUCCUCGAGUUGCUGCUUUUUGCUGCCACCCGGGCACAGUUUCCGGGUGCGGACCUGCCUUUCCCACCGAUGCCUUCCGAGGCUGUGGUUGGCCCGACUCUGGCCGACUCCAAGAACAGUUGGCCAGCGAAGCGACAGACUUUGAAGAAGGAUGCUCCGAACAUUGUGGUGAUCAUGAAUGAUGAUGUGGGCUUCGGGGCACCCGAUACCUUCGGCGGCCCCAUCCACACACCAACAUUGUCCAAGGUAGCAUCGCGAGGUGUGUCUUACAACCGCUUUCACACGACGGCCAUUUGCUCCCCCACACGCGCUUCAGUGCUGACAGGCCGGAACUCUCACAACAUCGGCGCAGGGCAGAUCACCGAGGCUGCAGCAGGUUUCCCGGGGUACACGGGAACCAUCCCCAAGUCUGCGGCGACGGUAGCCAAGGUGUUGUCAGGAUACGGCUAUGACACAGCCGCCUUUGGCAAGUGGCACAACACCCCUGUGAACAAUCUUUUCAAAACCGGGCCCUUCGACCAGUAUCCGACAGGUCUUGGGUUCAGCUACUUUUACGGCUUUAUCGCUGCUGAGACGUCGCAGUACGAGCCGCGGCUUUUUGAGAACACAAACCCGAUUGAGCCUCCUUACACUCCGGAGGAGGGCUAUCACCUCACUGAGGAUCUUGCUGACCAAGCGAUCAAGUUCAUCCGCAGCAACCGUGCACUUACACCUGAUCGGCCUUUCUUCAUCUACUUCGCUCCUGGUGGCACCCAUGGGCCCCACCAUGUGCACAGCGAGUGGGCAGACAAGUACAAGGGUAAGUUUGAUAUGGGCUGGGAGAAACUUCGCAACAUCACCUUCCAGAAGCAGAAGGCCAUGGGAUGGAUCCCACCUACCACAGAGCUGACGGAGAUAGACCCCACCAUGGAAAAGUGGGAGAAUAUCUCAGAGAAAGAGCGUGCAUUCCAGCUUCGCCUGGUAGAGGUGUAUGCGGGGUACCUCGAGCAUACGGACACACAGGAUGGCAAGGUCAUCGAAGAGCUCGAGCGUCAAGGUCUGUUCAACAACACUUUGGUGAUCUACAUCCUCGGCGACAACGGGGCCUCUGCGGAGGGGCUGCAUGGCAGCAUUGACGAGCUUAUAGUGGAGAAUGGGCUGCCGGCCACUGCAGAGCAGCAGAUCGAGAUCUUGGAGCGAGACUUCGGUGGUCUCAGUGCUCUGGGCUCGAAGCAUGUGCACAACAUGUACCACAGCUCCUGGGCUUGGGCCCUUGAUACACCUUUCAAAAGCACCAAAUUGGUGGCUGCCCACUUCGGCGGCACACGAACCCCUAUGGUGAUGUCUUGGCCAAAGGUGAUCAAGCAUGACCCGACUCCGCGAUCCCAAUUCCACCAUGUCUGCGACGUCGUGCCCACAAUUUACGAGGCAAUUGGAAUCAAGGCGCCCGAGCAUGUGGAGGGUGCGACUCAGAUGCCCCUGGACGGCGUGUCCAUGGUGUACACCUGGAACAAUGCUUCAGCAGUGGGGCGAAAGGAUACGCAGUACUUCGAGGUCAUGGGCAGCCGCGGCGUGUACAAGGAUGGUUGGUUUGCGAGCGUCUUCGGCCCUCGCAUCCCGUGGACGGGAACCAACGCAACACGCCUGAAGGAAUGGAACCCGGACACUGACGUUUGGGAGCUCUAUGACUUGACCAAGGACUACUCGCAGGCCCGUGACCUUGCCAAGGAAAUGCCGGAGCAGGUGAACAAGAUGAAGGGUAUUUUCCUCGUGGAGGCACAGAAGAAUAAGGUCCUUCCUGUCGGCGCAGGCUUGUGGACCAUCGCCUAUCACCCAGAGCAAGGUCCAAGGUCACCCCUAACGGAGUGGUUUCUCUACGAGGGCAUGACGCGCAUAGCAGAAUCCAACGCGCCUCUUUUCCGCACAGGGUUUAGCUCCAUCGCCACUCUGGACGUGGAGGUGGCCAAAAAUGCUUCCGGGGUGUUGUACUGCGUGGGCGGAACCGCCGGCGGCUUCUCUGUAUAUAUGGAUCAGGGCUAUCUCUACGCGGAGUACAUGGCCACGUUGCUGUACCGCUACAUUACGAAAUCGUCCGCACCGCUGAAGGAAGGGAACGCAAAGAUUGAGAUCAAGUUGCAGUACGAAUCACAGCCUAUGAUAGCUCCCGCACAACUCAUUAUGCUCGUAGAUGGAGCUUUGGUGGCUUCACUGUUUGUGGAAAAAUCGAUGCGCUUGGCCUUCGAUGCCUCGGAGACAUUUGAUGUGGGCAUGGAUCUUGGUUCGCCCGUGUCUUUGCUGUACCAAGACCGUGUGCCGUUCAAGUACAAUGGCAAGAUCAACCAGUUGCACGUCAAGUACAUCAAUGGCACCGCCGAUCUCCAGUGGAAGAACAAGGACAAGGAGGUCUUAUCUUUCCUGCACUGCCGGGUGGCGCCGGCACAGCGCUUGCGCUACCAGGCCACCCAAAAUGCCCACGCCGCCUCCGGGCUGUAUCAGCUCUGUCGCCACCGUGGCAACUGGCGACCUGUGUAUAGAAAAGUGGUGGAUGCAGAGUUUCAAGACGAGGAGGAGACCAAAGCUGUGGACCUCUUCGAGUUGUCUUACGUGCCGCCUUCCGGUAGAGGUAAGAAAAACGCCGGACGCUGGGAGAUCCGGGCGCCGGGCGCGGAAGCGCCCAUCGAGACCAUCGCAGGAGAUGCCAUCUUGCCGCAGGACCUCGGCGAUAGCUUUGCAGUGGUCGACACACGGACACGCGAUGCUCAGCGGCUCACUCAUCAGCCGCUGGCACAGCUUGUUUCGGACAUCGUGGAUGAUUUCGAGCAGGACCAGCAAGACCAGCCGUCGCAAGGUGGGGUGGAUAACAUCCAGGACUUGCGCGCCAUUACCAGCGUCAUCCGCUGGUGGCACGUUUCGCGCUUCAACUGGGUCAUAGCAGUGCGUGAUGUGGACGGUUGCUCGCAACUGCUGAGGGAGCCAAGCCACAUUGACUUAGAUUCCGCCAUGCUCACCGACUGUCAUUGCGACUUCUGCGGGCGGCAAAGGCACCUUUUCUGCCUUCGCGCCUUUCGAAAGAUCGGCGCCUGCCCCACUGACUGUAAGCGAUGCGCCACCAUGGGCAUCAGCGAGGCCUUGGAUCAAUCGGCUGUUGACCAGCGCCAGAUGAUGCACGAAAUUUUCUGGUCAUGCCAGAAAUGCCUGAAGUAUCUCUUUGGUGAGAAGGCCGCUCGCUUGAAAGAGAAGGCACACGCCAAGACGCGCGUGAGCAGAGGCGGCGAUGCAAAGGUACCCGAGUCAGACGACGAGGAAGAGGACCGGGACGCCCCACCGUGUGACUGCGGGAUGCCGGCAGUGCGAAAGACCGUGGCAAAUUCCGGUCCGAAUGCUGGGAAGGAGUACUACAGGUGCUGCAUCUUCCCGGAGGCCGAACACUGCGACUUCUUCGUUUGGGCAGGAACUCCGGGAGCCCCCCGGUGUCGAUGCGCGCAGCCUCAGGCGGCGAUCCAGCUGGAGGUGAAGAAAGAAGGGCCCACAAAGGGCAAGCGCUUCUUCAAAUGCCCGAAGCCGCGGGACCAGCAGUGCAACUUCUUUCAGUGGCUGGACCAGGUGCCUGGCCAGAUGGCUGGGCAGGCGGCCACGGGGCGCCUCUGCAUGUGCGGGCAGACGGCCAUGAAGCAUCAAGUGAUGAAGGAGGGCCCGAACAAAGGAAGGUACUUCUUGAAGUGCCCUUCGGGCAGCUGCCUUCGCUUCUUCGAGUGGCUGGACGAGCCUCCCAGGUCCUGGCCAAAGCGCCCAAAUCCGUCCUGGACGCGUCGCGUCUCCAGGUCAGCCGGGGAGGGGUCCUGGAGUGUUGAGAUUCGAGCGUUCGUGGUGGUCUACUGGCCCGGCAAACCCUGGCAGCAACAGCAGUAG